UUUUCAAUUAAAUCUAGAUAAUUGUGUUGUCUUUGUAGUGUUGUUGAUCUUGAAAAUGUGUAUAUGCUCUAAUUUCAAGUCAGGAUAUUCAAAAGCCCUCUCAUUUGACUUCAAAAUAAAUAAAUAAAUAAAUGUUGUUGUUUACUUUACACUUACAUAAAUAAAAUGAUAAAUUUGAAUAAAAUUAUAUUGCUCAUGCAAUAUGACUGGCUUUAGGUGUUAAAAUAAAUUGAGAUGUUGUUAACAAAAACCUUGAGUGGCCCUCAUGGGCUACCGUAUAAGGGUUGAUUUAGAAAGCCGUAAUACCAACAGUUGAGAGUAAACCAGUUGGUUUCUUGAAAAGUUUUGUUUUCUUGAUCGUUUUAGUGCGGUAUUUGCUGUAUAUUUACAGUGCAAGAAGCCUCUAGCUCCAGUUAGUCGCGGAUCGAUAGGAACAAAUAAGAGAGCCGCUUUGCAUGACAUAACAUAACCUAGUUAUCAGUGUCAAGCCGUUCAACUCCUGCCUAUUUCGUGCACAUGCAACCAAGGGUUAUGAAGGUUCAAGGGACGAAUAGCACAUGCUCAGAUGCGGUCGUGAACUUCGUCCCAAAUGCUUGCAGCGUCCAAACACGGCAUUCGUGAGAAUGGUUCUCGGGCACAUGCUACACUUCGCCUUGCUUGUGAUAUCUGCGUUCCCCUUGACUUGUGCCAAAGUGUGUUAUAAGCCCGUGUGUGAGUUCAGGCUGGUCAUACGGACGGCAAGGUCCAUGUUACACACUGUCAAGCUACAGGAUGGCAGUCACGUGUCCUAUACCGUGGGGCUUCGGCCCAACGGCAGCCUUUAUCUCAUUCCGUCUACAUUCACUCGCGAAGUGCCCAGUGGCUAUGAGGUCCCAGUAGAAGAGGUCCAUACUGCUGAUGGUACAAAGCCGCGGACCAUCUUCACCAUCAACGAUAAGUUCCCUGGGCCCACUUUGGAGGUGAUGGAAGGUGCUGAGGUGGUUGUGACGGUUGUCAACGAAAUGUCAACAGAAGCGACAUCCCUCCACUUUCACGGUAUUCACAUGACAAACAACCCAUGGAUGGAUGGCGUCCCAUACAUAUCACAGUGCCCGAUACUACCAAGGCAAAGCUUCCAGUACCGAUUCGUGGCCGAGCCUGCGGGUACACAUUGGUAUCAUUCGCACAUGGACACUCAAAAAGCAAAUGGUCUUUACGGAGCUUUCAUCGUCCACAGGUCACAGCCAACAUUGGCAUAUGACGUCAUCACAAUUGCCGACUGGUAUCCUGUGACGUCAUCAGAAAUGCUUCUUGACAGCCCUUUUAAUAUGCCAAUAGGAGGGCCUGGUGAAAGAUUUGACAACCCAGCCACGAGAACGUUUAUUUUUGACGGGACAGAAGUUAGCGCGCUUCAAUAUUGGUCUACACUGAUACACGGCCGUGGGAGGAAGGGGAACAACAAGGGGCCCCUUCAUCACUUUGCCGUUAGGCCUGGAACGAGAAUUCGUAUUCACGUGAUCAUGGCGGGAGAAGAAUAUAACUACAGGUUUUCCGUCGAUCAGCACAAUUUGACAGUAAUUGAAAUGGACGGCCAUCGCGUAGAGCCAGUCACAGUUGAUUCGGUUCUAGGCUUUCAUGGCGAGUCUUUCGUGGUCGAGCUCUCCGCUGACAAGCCCAUAGGCUCAUACUGGAUCCGUGCCACUGUAAUUCGUACCGGAUCCUCUCCGAACCCAAUGCCCGAUGGGAAAUCCGACGAAGGCUUAGCCGUACUUCGAUAUGAAGGCCACGAUGCAGAACAAGAGCCUCAUUCAACACCCGUAGAAUGCAGCCAAAAGAUACCUUGUCUUGUCCUCAACUGUCCUUGGGUACUCUACCAUGAGCUCUGGUACCCAAACCAAAAGUGUAUACACGUAACUCAGCUAAAGAUUGACACAGCAUUCCACGACCCAGAAGAGAUUGAACCCGGAGAAGACAUCUUCGAGGUUUUUCUCAACUUUGGGUUCUCGAUUGGAUCUUCUAUAAACAUGCGCAAGAAUGUGAUGCCACGUGCCCCAUUAUUCCAGAAGCAGUCCACGUGGGGGACCACGCCCUGUCCAGAACAGUGCUCUGUGCAUGGUUGCCGCUGUACGCACGUGAUUAACAUUCCUGCCAAUAGGACGGUCCAAUUGGUGAUGACGUCUUACGGGCUUGUCAAUCCCCGUGAUAUGCGUCACAGCUCAAUGCACCACCCUGUACACAUUCACGGGUACAGCUUUCAGAUCAUGAAAAUCGGGUAUCCUGUUGUAAACCAAACCACAGGCAGACCAAUCAGACGUAACCCGGACAUUGCAUGUGAAAACGAAAUCUGCAGUCGGACUCGGUGGAAGACUAGACCAAGAUCGGCGUUGCUAAGCGACCGGCCAAUUGUCAAAAAUGUAGUUAAUGUCCCAGCUUAUGGGUACGCUGUGCUGCGUUUCAAAAGCAACAACCCAGGGUAUUGGUUACUGCAUUGCCACCAGAUGCUUCACCUUAGUGAAGGCAUGUCACUCACAUUAAACAUCACGGAGAAGGGACUGCCACCUCCACCUGCGGGUUUCCCGACCUGUGGCGACUAUAGCGUUGGCAAGGAUGAGUUCCACUCUAUGUUGGUGAAGAACAGGGAAUGCAUGGGAAGCACCAGGUGUAAUUACCAGCAAGAUGGAGCGUGUGACGGACAACAGAAGCCAGAACCAUACCCCCAUAAAGACCACAUCACCUGUACGCAUCUACUAGUGACGGGAUUCCUGUGUACAACAUGCGGUGUACUGAUCACCUCAGCCUGUGUACGCGUCAUGCUUCUUAUGCGCAACAGGCGAUGGGUGAUACCGCUGAGACGCCGAUGCGACGAGGAAUCAAAAAAGAAGUAGACUGAGGCCUGGUUGAGCGAUGUUUCGUGAAAACGCGAAACAUAUCACUGCUUCGACGCUGGCAGCAAGCAUCAAAUGUAAUAUACACUAUAUAGAGAUAACUCGUCACCUGUUUAACUCGAAUCCUCUGUAACUCGAACCCCAGCUAAAUAGAACAUAAAACAAUUUUCCUUGGA